AUGCUAGACUUUUGCACCGGCACCUUUGGAAGAGUGUUGCUCUGCAAAAACAAGCAAACCGAAGAAUAUGGAGCGAUGAAGAUCCUCUGCUUGGCCGAUGUAAUUCGGUUAAAACAAGUGGAGCAUGUGAAGAACGAGAAGAACAUUCUUCAAGAGGUUCGCUACCCUUUUGUCGUCAAUUUAUUAUGGUCCAACCGUGAUGAAGCCUGCAUUUACAUGCUGUUCGAAUAUGUUUGCGGCGGCGAAUUGUUCUCCUAUCUGAGGAACGCCGGGAGAUUCUCCACCGCCACUGGCAACUUCUACAGCGCCGAAAUCGUCUCGGCCUUGGAGUAUCUGCACGCAAAAAACAUCGUCUACAGAGACUUGAAGCCCGAGAAUCUUCUACUGGACAAAGAAGGCCACUUGAAAAUCACAGAUUUUGGGUUCGCCAAGAAACUGACGGACCGAACCUGGACCUUGUGUGGCACGCCCGAGUAUCUGGCACCGGAAAUCAUCCAGAGCAAAGGACACAAUAAAGCGGUCGAUUGGUGGGCGUUAGGUGUGUUGAUCUACGAGAUGUUGGCGGGCUAUCCGCCGUUUUACGACGACAAUCCGUUCGGAAUAUACGAGAAAAUCCUCAGCGGCAAAAUCGAAUGGGCCAAACACAUCGAUCCCAUCGCCAAGGAUAUCAUCAAGAAGCUGCUGGUGCAAGAUCGAACCAAACGGCUGGGUAAUAUGAAGAGUGGUGCGGAAGAUGUAAGACGCCAUCGAUGGUUCAAAGGCGUCGACUGGCAAGACGUGAUCCAAAGAAAACUGAUUCCCCCAAUAGUGCCGAAAAUCAUGUACGAGGGCGACACGAGCAACUUCGACGACUACCCGGAAGGUGACUGGAAAAGUUCCCGAACGCUCGAUGAUGACGAGUUGAAGCUCUUUGAGGAUUUCUGA